GGCAUAAAUAUAUAAGAUCUUGUACUCAAGCUUGCUUGACACGAACUUCCCUCGGUUUAUUGCUGCUUGCAACCAUGGCUGCUGCGGGACUACAUGAAUGCACUGAGGCGGAGCUCGACCAGGUGCUCUUCGGAACGAGCGCUGCGGCCUAUUACGAGCAGUAUAAAGUGGUUCACUCGGCAGAAUACAUCACGAAUUCGAGAAACAUCCGCCUCUACACACAGUCAUGGCUGCCUGCCGAUCGCAAGCCUUCGGCCCUCCUCUUCUUCUGCCACGGCUACGCCAACUGCUGCAACUGGCUGAUGCAGCUCUCAGCCAUUCGAUUCGCCUCGGAGGGCUUCGCAGUGUUCGGGAUCGACUUUGAAGGCCACGGCAGAUCGGACGGUCUGAGAUGCUCGUUCAGGUCAGCAGAGCACCUGGUGGAUGACUGCUGCGCCUUCUUCGCAUCCGUCAAGGCCAAGCCUGACUUUGCAGGGCUGCCGUCGUUCGCGUACGGGGAGUCGCUGGGAGGCGCCAUCGCCAUGAGCGUCGCACUGCGGGAUCCUGAUACCUGGACGGGGCUGGUCAUGGUGUCCCCCAUGCUGCGCAUAAAGGAGGAGCUGCAGCCUAGCUGGGCUGCACUGCAGGUCCUUCGCGUGCUUGCAACGGUUAUUCCCGACAGUGCCUUUGUGCCCACCAAGGGAGACUUGAUCCGCCUGUCUUGCCGGGAUCCUGCAAAGCUUGAAGUAGCCCUGAAGAACCCUCGCCGCUACAGUGGAAACCCACGCCUUGGGGUUGCUUUUGAGCUCCUGCGUUUUGCUGAUGCUGUCACAGCCUCCAUCCCGAACCUGCAUUUGCCUUUCCUUAUCAUGCAUGGAGGGUCGGAUGGUGUUACAGACCCCGACCUGUCCAAAGACUUGCAUGAGAAAGCCCCAAGUAAAGAUAAGACGCUGCAUAUAUAUCCGUUAGCAUGGCACCAGCUGCUGCAAGGGGAACCAGAGCCGGAGAGAGAAGAGGUGUGGAAGGAUGUGCUCACAUGGCUCAAGCAGAAAUUGUUGGGACUAAACUAAUGUCACGUCCAUGUGCCGGUUUAUACCUCGCUGCCGUUUGUAUUAUCAUAUGCUCGUAUUAUCCAC